AUUCAUCGAGCAGCACAGACGUUUUGCUCACUGAUAGGAUUUAAUAUAAAGCUUGGUGCGUCGCGGCUCACAAUCUCAAUCGCGUGACCACUAUAGGCACGAGACAAACAAUUCACAUAUUGGUGUUCGAAGUGAUCGUGUCACUUAUGGGACUUGUGUGUUUGUGACAAAAAUGGCCGACCAGGAAAAUUCUAUAUCGACGAAUAAUGGCACUACACCAGUUGAUGCUAAUGGGACGCCCGGGUCUCCUCGAUCAAAACGAGACCCAGAAUUUGCACCCACAUUUGUUAAUAAUACGGUAAAAACAGUAUUCUAAAUAAAUGAUAUUGGUAUUAUGUAAAACAUACAUACAGUUUAAAAAAAAUAAAAAGAAGAUCGACAUUCCUAUCAUUGAACAGAACUAGAAAUUCCCGAAUACAAUGAAACUAUUGUGAAUAAUAAUUAAACCUCUGUCAUUACUCCUCAAAAAGUUUAGGUAAAUCCAGUCUACCUAUCCUGAUAAUACACUCUUAUCAGUUGCCUUGUCAUGUAGUAAAAUAUGAUUAAAAUAAUAUUAUAUACUUCAAUAAAUAUUAUAUACGAAGGGUAUUUACUUGAAAACAUUGUUUACAGAUAAACUAAAGUUCACAAUGAAGUAUUUAUCACGUUCUUAUUUGCUACUCUGUUAUGAAUAUUACUUUUUCAGAGCCAAUAAUACAGAAGUAUGUUACUAUGUUUUACCAUUCAUUUGCAAUUCAAUUUUCCUUCUCAUAAAACAUCUGUUAUAAAGAUGACAAUAUUUUAAAUGACAUAAUAGUGUAAUUCAGUAUUCUAAUGUUAAUGGUAAAUAAGUCUGUCGUAAAUGUUGCAUUUGGAAAGUUAAUUACACCUUAUUUUAUUAUGAUAUUUUUAAAGGGUACCUUACUAGUACCUAAAGGACUGGACUUAUAGACUUUAUCUUUUUAUUAUUCUUUAUUAUGAUAGCGCGUCGAUCGUAAAUAAAUUAGAUAUCGAUUUUAGAUAACAGGGAAACAUUAAACGAUUAUGGGUCUAAACUGACUAGGACACAGAAUCACCUUGUAAUGAGACUACCGUGAGAUUUACCUAUCUUAUUAAUUAGUAAAUAAGAUAUUAGUGAAUUAGUACCAUUUAAUGAAUUAUCAAAUAUUAGACAGUCCAAGAAGCAAAUGUAAAUAUAAAAAUGUUCAUUUUCUACAUUGACCUGACCGGGAAUCGGACCCAUGACCUCAGAGAUGGUGGCACCUAGAAACCGUACGUACGAGUCUCUACUUAUUUUUAAUCUAUUUUCGUGAUUAAAUAAUUGAGUAAGCGAACGCGGACUUGACGAAUCCGCUGAGCUCUAUACUUGCUGUUAGAUCGUUGCAUGCUCUGUUAUUUUCAGACAUUUAUCCUGGUCAGAUUUACCUAACAUCCCAUAGAAUACCAGAACAUAUAAGUACUAUUUAUGUUAUAAUAAUUUAGAAUAUAUAUAUAAGUUUGUCUGGAAUGAAACUUUACUUGUAAAAGUUUUUUAGGACAAUGAACCAAAUAAAAAGCCUGAUGCACCGCAGCGGGCGAUGUGGGGAAAUCAGAUCGAAUUCCUGAUGUCCUGUAUUGCAACGUCAGUAGGCCUGGGUAACGUGUGGCGGUUUCCCUUUGUGGCUUACCAGAACGGAGGUGGUGCUUUCCUAGUGCCUUACAUCAUUGUCUUGUUCCUUAUUGGCAAACCCAUGUACUACCUCGAGUGUAUGCUGGGACAGUUCAGCACCAGGAACUCUGUCAAAGUCUGGGCGUUGGCACCUGCUAUGAAAGGCACUGGAUAUGCGCAAGCGCUUACUUGUGGUUACAUCCUGUCGUACUACGUGUCCAUAAUCGCACUGUGCCUGUUCUACUUUGCCAUGAGUUUCAAUGCCACCUUGCCGUGGGCAGUUUGCGACGAGGCAUGGACAGAGCCUUGUUUGCCUUCCCAACCAAACCCUGACUUCAUCCCCCCGGAAAACGCUACUAGCAGCGCUGAACUGUAUUUUACGCAUAGAGUACUAAGGCAGAUCGAUGGUAUCGAGGGUGGAUUGGGUGCACCAAUAUGGGACUUAACUUUAUGCUUACUGGCUUCGUGGCUGAUCAUCUUCAUGGUUGUCGCACGCGGAGUCAAGAGUUCAGGGAAGGCCGCUUAUUUCCUCGCCUUGUUUCCAUACGUCGUCAUGAUUAUUCUUCUUAUUACUACCUGUCUUUUGGAGGGGGCUGGUGAUGGGAUACUUUUCUUCAUCACUCCUCAAUGGGAGAAGUUAUUGGAGCUUAAUGUGUGGUAUGCUGCUGUAACACAACUUUUCUUCUCAUUAUCGAUUUGUACUGGUGCCAUAAUUAUGUUCUCAUCAUACAACGGGUUUAGACAAAAUAUUUACAGAGACGCGAUGAUCGUGACAACCUUGGAUACGUUCACAAGCCUACUGUCUGGGGUGACUAUCUUCGGUAUCCUAGGCAACCUCGCCUCUGAGCUCGACCGACCCGUAGGAGAAGUAGUGGGCUCAGCCGGAACCGGCUUGGCCUUUGUCUCCUAUCCUGACGCCAUCGCUAAAACUUUCAUGCCCCAGCUGUUCGGGGUGUUGUUUUUCCUGAUGAUGUCAGUGCUGGGCGUAGGAUCGGCGGUAGCUCUCAUGUCCACCAUCAAUACUGUGCUGAUGGACUCGUUCCCGCGCGUGCGCACCAUCUACAUGUCAGCCUUAUGUUGCACCGCCGGCUUUCUUAUAGGAUUGACCUACGUCACACCUGGAGGUCAAUACAUAUUAGAACUGGUCGACUACUAUGGUGGAACUUUCCUGGCUCUAUUCUGUGCUAUCGCUGAAAUUGUGGGCGUUUUCUGGAUAUACGGUUUGGAGAAUAUUGCGUUAGAUAUUGAGUUUAUGCUCGGUAUUAAGACUUCAUUCUACUGGCGUUGUUGCUGGGGCGUCAUCACACCCGCUAUGAUGAUUGUCGUCUUCAUUUAUGCCCUAAUUUCAUACGAGGAUCUUGUCUUCGGCGAGGAUUAUUACUACCCCACAGCUGGAUUAGUUGCUGGAUAUAUGAUGUUGUUAGUGGGUAUAUUGUUUGUGCCAAUUUUCAUUGGCGUCACCAUGUACAAAAAUAGAACCGGAAACUUAGGCCAAACAAUUAAGAAAGCUUUCCGCUCUAAGCUCAACUGGGGUCCAUAUGAUGAUGUCAUUCGUGAGGAAUGGAAGCACUUCAAGAAUGAAGCCAAGGUGGAACGACAAAAAUCAGGAGCAUCUGUAUUUAGACAUAUUUGGAAUAUUUUAACUGGUGGUUAUAGGCGUAACAUGUAGGCAAAGUCACCAAGUAGUGACAAGAAUAGCAAAUUUAAAAUACAAAGUCUCGCAGUGGCUAUUUAAUGUACAAUUGUAAAAUUGUAUUUUACUUAUAAUCUAUACGUAAUAUUGUGAUACUAAACAAAUGAGACAAGUUAUAAAUUAUAUUAGCAGGUCUAAAUAAAACGUUGUAAUACAACCUAACCAACGUGUAGUGUUAUGUCAUGUUCUAUGAGGCUGUAUUUUAUUCGACCUUUUUAUUUGAAAGAGGUUGAAAUGUAGAACACAAAGUGACAGUCUGGUGAUAUUAAAUAAAAAUAGCUAUAAAGUUUAAUAUAGGUUUAAUUUAUUUAUCUUUGGCAAUAAUUACCUAUAAUUUUAUGAAAAAAAGGUAAAUAUGUAUCAAGUUAUAAGUGUUUUUAGUAUUGUAUUAUUUAAAUUUGAAAUAAUUAUAACACGUAAUUUUUUUUUCGUUAAUGACUUCGACUGCAAUAUAAUAACUGAAUGCAGUACAAGCUAUGUUUGAUAUAUAUGGAAAAUUUAAAAGGAC